AGGAGUCGGCAGUGUGGCUUGGGCCGUGGUAGGAGGAGGGUGCACGCCGCGUUGCUCCGCCUCUGUGAAACACCCCCCUCCACCCUUCCUUACCUACACCCCCGAGCUUCCCCAGAGAGGCUAUCCUGUAUCACGUAACCUGUGUUUGUUCAGGUGAUAUGUGACACUAAUUACCUGCUCCCGGAUUCACCUGGGCAUUAUGGUACUAACGAGGGCUCUGUGAUAAAGUGGUUUUGUACACACGGAUUCUUAAGGUUAUAAAUUCCAAACUCUCUCCAUAAAAGAACAACUUACUAUUAUAAAAUGAGAUAUUUGGAGAACUGUCUCAAUGAUUUUUUUCGUGAGUUUGGACAGAGUGAAAAUGGGACGUAGUGUUGAGGAGUGUCGAGUGAUGAAUGUGAUGGUGUGAAGUGGUGAUGGUGGUGGUGUUAGCGAGCAGCGGCCCAAGGAAGGGAAGAGGAUGCUGGCGUCAUUAAGGAAGGGAAAGUUAAUGCAAGUUAUCAGAGGUGAAGACUGACUGAAGAUGAUCAAACCGGCACCCUAGAGCGGAGAAUGACAGAAAACAGUAAAAAAAAAUUCAACUUACACCAAAGAGAAAACAAAUUAAAGGGAGUGAAUGAAAGGAAAGAAAGUGAAGACAUCUAUCACUAAAAGGAAAGAAAGAAUCAGUCAAGCUACCAGAAAAUAAAAACGAUGAAUGUCAAUCAGGAAGGAAAACAAGUGACCUGUAAAAAAUCAGUGUUUUGAGGCGUGUGAAGUGAGGAAGGGUGAACCGUGAGGGAACAGAGAAGAAGGAAAAGGAAGAGAAGCAAACACCCGGUCGAAGGAGGAGGAGGACGCCCAUCACAAGCUCAACGAUGGGCAUCACGUAGAAGAAAGAUGGGCAACAAACACUCCAGCGGGAAGUGCCAGUGUCCUAAGAAUGUCAAAAAGAACAAGCACCACCACCACCACCACCACAACCACCACCAGGACGAAAAGCACGGGGUCGGUGGCGGGGGCGGUGGUGGUGUGGGAGGGGGGAUUGUGGGUCAGUGUGGGGUUGGUGGGGGUAAACAAAGCCUUGGAAAUCAGCAGGAACGUCAGACGAAGCACCACACGUCAGCACACACCAACGUGGUCCAUUGCCAGACUGGCCAUGCCAGCCAGACGUCCUCCUGGCUGCCGCCCUUGGAGAACUGGGACAGCGGCGGCGUGGGUCUCCCCUAUGGGUGGGAGACCGCCACAGAUAAGGAGGGGAAGCAGUAUUUUAUCAACCACUUGAACAAGACCACCACGUACGAGGACCCCCGGAAGGACUACCUGGACGAACCGCCACAGCCCCGCCAUGUAGACCUCGUGAGGGACCCUGAGAUGGGCUUUGGUUUCGUCGCUGGGUCUGAAAAACCAGUAAUAGUAAGGUUCGUGACGGAGGGCGGGCCGAGCGAGGAGAAGCUUCUGCCGGGGGACCAGAUUCUCAUGAUCAACGGCGAGGACGUGAAGAAGGCGCCGCGGGAUAGAGUGAUACAGCUGGUGCGUUCCUGCAAAGACCGCGUGCAGCUGACCGUCACCCAGCCGCCUCUAGAUAACUCCGCCAGGAAGUCCGCCUUUCUCAGCGCGGCGAAGAAGCAGCGCCUUAAGUCCAAUCCUUCGAGGGUGAGGUUUGCAGAGAGCGUCGACAUCAAUGGGUCACCCUCGUACUCUGUGAGUCACUCCUCUCCGUCCAAUUUUAACUCGAGCGAGUCCACCACACCCUUCAUGCCCAACGUGCUCAAGGUUUUCCUCGAGAACGGGCAGACCAAAUCCUUCAAGUAUGACUCCAGCACGACGGUGGGCGAUGUGCUCGACUCCCUGCACCAGAAAUUGGGCAUCAAGUGUCCCGAGCACUUCUCCCUGGUGGUGGAGCACGUUAAGAGCCUCAGGAGGAACAAGCUCACCCUGCUGGACCCCCGCGAGACGCUCUCCAGGAUCGCAGCUCGGCCCGGCGCCCAACACCUCCGCUGCCUGUACCGCGUCACCUUCGUGCCCAGAGACGCUUACGACCUGCUGCGGAAGGACUCCAUGGCCUUCGAGUACCUGUACCUCCAGUGUUGCAACGACGUGAUCCAGGAAAGGUUCUCUCCGGAGCUCAAGUAUGAUGUGGCCCUUCGCCUUGCCGCCUUGCACAUCCAGCAGCACGCCCUCUCCAAUAACAUGUCCUCCAAGGUGUCUGUCAAAAACAUAGAGAGGGACUGCGGCCUGGAGCGCUUCGUCCCCGCCUCCCUCGUGGACUCGAUGAAGAGGAAAGAGUUGAGGAAGCUGCUCUCUCACUUCCUCAAGAUCAACAGCAGCCUAACCACGCCGGGCCAGAAGCAACUGACGGCGCUGCAGGCUAAGCUCCACUACCUCAAGAUUAUCUCAGACCUCCCCUCCUACGGCGCCAAGUGUUUCUCCACCAAUAUGAAGGACACCAAUAUGGAGACAGUGGUCCUGGUCAGUCCUAGAUUCGGGAUUAGCCAAAUUACAGGCAUCAGGAACAGCAUGCCGGAGCCCCUGUGCGAGAUCGAGCAGGUGACAGCUGUGAGGGUGAGCCGUGAGGACGAGCUCUCCUACCGUGUGGAGCUCUCCCUGAAGGACCCUGAUAAGGAGAACCUGUUGCUGAGUCUGGAGGAGCGAGACGCCGAGGAGCUAGUGCUGGUGCUGCAGGGUUACUACCGACUACUGACGGAGAACCCACUGCCUCUCACCCACGCCCGCGACCGCCACGCCCACGACCAAGCGCCUCCCUACCACUCCCGCCACAAGGUUCAGUCCGCCAGCUGGAGCUACGGGGCGCCGACCAAUGAGGAUGAGAGCACCAGGGGCGGCGACCAACCAGAGCGCUUCGUGGACCUGAGCCUCACCCCGCCUUAUAAGCCGCCGCCAGAGGGCUACAAGGUACCCAACGGACACCUGCCUGGUCUAGACAUGGAUGAGACAGGUGUGUAUGUGAACAGCAGAAGACACAACCUGCUAGACUCCAACAUGAAUAAAACCAAUUCCGUUUACGAGAACACACACGACCCUAGCGUGGGAGGUGGAGGAGGAGGAGGCAGCCCUACGCCACACUACGCCCACCCUGCCCGUACCCACAGCCCACAACCUGCCAGCCCCGCCCGCCACGCCCUAGACACCAAGAAGGUACACUUUAGCCUGACGGGCACGCUGAGGCAGGAGGAUCGGGUGUGUGAGGCCAGAAAUGAGGAGGUGAUCCGAAGGGUGGCAGAGCUCCAGCAGCUGGUGGAAGAUGCAGAGAAUUACUUGAGUGAUGCUGAUGGGGAGACCACAGAGACCGAGAGUGUGCGCUCAGACCAGUAUGGACGGCUAAAGCACUCCGAUUCACUCCUGCUUCUGACCCAGGGUCAGAAGAUGUUGCCUAAUGGCGAGGUAGUGGAGAGUGAAGAGCGAUCAGGUAGUGACACAGACUCUCAGUCCACACCCAACCAGAGUCCAGCCCAUCAACCAGCUGGCAAGACACCCCAGCGUCCCUCAUCAGUCCUCAAGCCCAGCGGGUCCUCCUUUGGCCUCCACUCCCCAGACAACCUGCCACUCAACAUCCAGAGCCGAGAGGACGACAUCAAGGCACUCAUUAAGCAGCUGGAGGACAACUCUGGGCUUCCCUACACCUUUGCAGAGGGCACUCUUUACCUUGACCCUGACAUCAUUGACCUCACCAUGAUCCCUCCCCCCAUCACCCCAGAUGAGCAGUUGACAAGUGUUGGAGAGCAAGACUGUACCUUGCCCCUUCUCCUUCAGGAUGGUACCAAGGUGUUCCCCCCUCAAGUCAGCACUCCACCCACUCCCUUUGCGGACCGGGAGACCCUGGAGAAGGAGUUGAAGGCACUGGAGCAAGACCUUGGAAACCUGCGUUCUCUCACCAACCCGAGCUGGCUGGACCACGACUCCCUGGCCUGCUACUCAGACUCCACCACGGCAGGAGCAAGUGACACAGAGGACAGCACCUCCAUCAGCAGCCUCAACACCAGCACCAGCGAUUCUGUGUUUUCUCCCCUGGGUGGAGGCAGGGUGACUGGGAGCAACGGCAAGGAGCCAAACUUCACCUUGGCUGCCCUGCGCCAGCUGGGCAUCCACUUAGAGGAGGGAGAAGACAUUGACUCCUUCAUUGCAAACCUCACCAUUCCUCCACCACCGGAAGGCUCUGUGGAUCUUCAGUCAUAUGCUGAAAGUCGGAGCCGAAUGGGAGGUGAAUACGACCUCUCAGCCUUCAUCAUCCCUCCACCGCCAACCUCCGAUGAGAAGGACAACAGGUCGUCAGACAUCAUCCGGAGACUUUACGAAGCCAAAGAGGGAAUCAGUAAGAUGGUGUGUGAGGAUGGCAGUGACAUGGAGGGGGGCGGGGAGAAGGACCAUGAGAUAGGGGAGGUGCGGGUCAGCUCCGAGACCAUGGCAAAGCGGUCUGGGAAAGUUGCCUCUCUGCAGCGCCGCUUUGAAUCCAGUGCACGGACGGUCUAUGUCAGCCCACCUACUUCUAGUGCCUCUGUUGACAACCGCCAGCUGCUGCUCCGACUCAGCAAGGACAACUCCCAGUCCCCAAGUGACUCAUCGGGGUACGAUAGCCUUAGAUCCAAUAACUCUACUGUAGGGUAUGAGCUGGAUGCAAAGCUGGCCCAGGCCCUGGAGGAGAACGACAAGAUGUUCAAGAGUUUUGACACACUGAAGCGCAAGCAGCAAGCAAACAUGAAGGCUAGUGAAGGGACAAGGGAAGGCAGCAGCGAGAAUCAGGACAGCCGACCGUCAGUCAUGGCCAGAGUGAGAACCUUUAGCACAGGGGCCACCUCUGCUCCCUCUGCCCCCACCUGGUCCACCUCCUCCCUCCAAAGGCCCUCCACUCUCCAGCGCCAAAUGACAGUGCCAACCAGCAAGGCAGAAGCCAAAGAUGAUGACUGUCCGCCUCCUCCACCCCCACGCACCCCCAUCACUCGCACUGGCACUCUCACCAACCCCAAAAAGUCCCUUCCCUCCACCACUCCACCCUCAAAGAUCCAAAGAAGCAUCUCCAUGAGCACUGGAAACUUGGCCAAAUCUGCCUCCCAGACAAACAUGAUUGGCCACUCCCCUUCCAACACCAUUCUUAACUCUCCCACCAAGAGCACCAAAUCCUCAGCUUCCAGUGAGGACGUGAGCCAAGUCAAAACUUCCCCCGGCUCACCCUCCAAGCAGAGUGUAGCCUCAAGUAAUGACUCCUUGACCUCUUCCUCCAGUAUGGUCACUGUCAAGUCUGCCUCACUCAAAAGCCUAGACCAAGAAGAUGACCCGCCUGAGCUGCCUCCAAGGAACGGCGCCAAAACCUCCACAAAGCCACCUCUCCCUCGCAGCCCCUCCCAGGAUGCAGUGAAGCACUCCACCCACAACAAGAGUGUCCGAACACCCUCCCCUGCCCGUAAGGUGAUAAGGAGUCCCUCACCAGACAACCCAGAGAAGCCUCCCUCAGUGCCCUCCAGACUCCGGAAGCCUCAGCUCAGCCCAACCACCUCCCCAACAAACAAUCUUCCCUCCACCCACCGCCCUCGCCAAGGAGUCAAGCUGGCCACCCCCUCCCCCACUGGGAAGGCUCCUGCUCCAUCCCCCACCUCCCCAAGGGGUGGAAAUCGGUCCCCUCAGAAGAGUCCAAAGGUAGGCAGGAAGUCUGUGUCAGCAGAGGAGAAGCCACAGCUGCCUGCCAAGACUAGUCAGUCACCCCGCAGGGCCCCAGCCUCACCCCCCUCUACAAAUGGUGUGAAGAGUCCUGUGCGAGCAACAGAUAAGACCUCCUCCACCUCCAGGUUGCCUCGGCCUGAUGCCUCCAAUGUUGUCCUCAAAAACAACAUGAACCAGGAGGUGGCUCCCCUCCAGACCUCCUCCCCAAAGCUCUCCCCAAGAAACAAAAUGGUGAAUGGCAAAACUCCAAAUGGGACGGAACUUGAUGACUCUCUGGACUCUGGCAGCUUUGACCAGGACUCUCUAGAGGAAGCAGAGGACAUUGAGGUGAUGCCCCCGGCCUCCAGGGACGCCUUCCGCCGCUUCUCCGUGGUGGUGAGCCAAUCCCUCAAGUCCCUGACAGACAUGGCAGCAACGUGUGCCGAGGCGCAGCGCAGCGGGGGAUCUGCCACCCAGGAUGAGGCCAAGUUCCAGGAGGCCCGGGAGGCUCUCACCAGCGAGUCCAGACAGUUUGUGACAGCAUCCAAGCUGUUUGUGAAGUCGGCCACAGAGUCUGAGGACACGCUGCUACAGUGCCUGGCCUCCUGCGUGACUCUAUUGCAGCACAUGGUGGAUGUGACACAGGAAGUAGUGAAGCACACCACCACGCCGCUGCAGACCCAGAACGUGGUGGUGAAGGUGCGUGACGUGGCCACCACCUACCAAAGCACAGUGCGGGCGGCCCUGAGUGCAGCCGGCCGGGGCAUGGACCACCCCUCCAUGAACACCCUCAUGACCCAGGCCACCAACCUGGCGGGGGUGCUCACCGCUCUCAUGCGCACCCUAAGAGUGUUCAGCCCGUGAGCCUCUCCCUUCUUCACCAUAUCUCGCAUUGCACCGGGGAACUGAGCCGGUGUGACUCGCAAUGAAUUCAAAAAGACUUAUAUCCAAAAAACCGUACUUAGAUUAUUUACACGUCUGUAGAUAUAGCUGUAGCAAGUGAUAUGAUGACGUUGACAAAUGUAACCUGACCAAAAUUUGUAAAUAAUGAUAGAAAUCUCAGGUAUAAUGAAGAGUUUUGGAGGAAGAGCAAUGACUUCAGCAAGAGAGGCCAAAAAAAAAAAAAAACAGAGAGGGUGGCCAGUUAGGAGAAAGGGGAGGAUGAGGACUGCUGAGUGAGCUGUAUAUUAUUAUGUUAUAUUGUGUAACAUGAUUGUGUGUAUAAUGUAUUGCCUGGCAGCCACAGUCUCCAACUGGAUCAUAAAUUCCCAGUAAUUGUUUGUACUGUAUCUCAUCGUGUAACCUCUGUGGUAAGAGUUAUGUUCAACGUUUUUCACUGCAAAGUUGUCAUGUCAGUCCUUCCGUUGCAUUUAUUUUGUGCAUUUUUUAUACUUUACAUUUCUGAUUAUGCUUCCACCCUUCAUUGAUUUUAUAUUUUGCAUACAAUCAUAUAUUUCUCUCCCUGCAUCUUUGAAUCAUUGUACAUAGAGUCUGUACAGUCAGAGCAAAACACUCACAACAGUCCCCAACAUAGAAAUUACAGCUCAGUGUUUUUUUAGUGUAACUGCUGUAUUUUCUGCUAAAUAUAGUGUUACAGAGUAUAUUAAACAAAAUUAUUCAUUCCUCCAUUCAUGUAAGUUUCAUGCAUUGUAUGUGUUAUAUCAUUAUUGAUUAUAUUAAACUACAUGAAAUCUGCAUUAACACCGAAUCCUCCAAAAUAAAGAGUCACCAGGAACAAUA